UGCCCUGAAAGACCACCCAGGUGAUCUCCAAGAGAACAUCUCCCAUGGUGUGGUCAAACCAAUGGAAUGUCCAGCAGGGUAUUACUGCCUGCCAGGAACAAAGGCUGCCCACCAGUACCCGUGUCCAGAGGGCACCUACAGCAACCAGACUGGCCUGGGAAACCCCAGGGACUGCAAGCCUUGUCCUGGAGGCACCUUCUGUGCCAGUGCAGGACUCUCAGCCCCGAGUGGUCCCUGUUCUCCCGGGUAUUACUGCGCUUCCAAGGCCCGUGUGCCCAACCCUGGGAGGGAUGGGACGGGCAGCCUGUGCCCAGCAGGGCAUUACUGCCCCCCAGGCAGCAGCAAACCCCAGCCCUGUCCCACUGGCACGGUUCUGCCUCAGGCUGGGAUGGUUUUCCGGAAUUCCUGUCUGCCCUGCCCUGCAGGGAGGUUCUGCCAAGGAGAAGGCCUGGCUGCAGUUUCUGGAACGUGUUAUGCUGGGUAUUUCUGUGACCUUGGAUCCACUCAGCCAGAUCACAGGCACUGCCCUCCUGGCUUCUACUGCCCCGAAGGCUCGGAAUUCCCAGUCCCCUGCAGCCCUGGAAGCUUCAGCUCUGGCAGUGGAAAAUGGCACUCAGCAGAGUGCCAGCUCUGCCCAGCUGGGUACUCCUGCAGUGGUCCUGGAGCACACACUCCUGAGCUGUGCCCUGCUGGGCACUUCUGUCUGCCAGGGACCAACCUCAGCACACAACAUCCGUGUCCAAAGGGCACCUUUGGCCCCAGGACUGGUGCCACUCGUGAGUCUGACUGUGAGCCCUGCCCAGCAGGCAUGUAUUGCUCAGCCCCAGGUCUGUCCCAGCCCUCUGGAUUUUGCUAUCCAGGUUAUCACUGUGCCAAGGGAGCUGUCAGCCCAGCCCCCUUCAAACACAGGGUGGAAUCCUCCAGCCUGGCUCUGCCUGGCAAUGACAUCUGUCCCACGGGACAUUUCUGCCCCAGGGGCACGGGGUACCCUGUGCCGUGUCCUCCUGGAUCCUUCUCCCCCUCGGUGGGCCUGGAGGCAGAGGAGCAGUGCCAGCCCUGCCCAGCUGGGCACUACUGCAGUGGCACGGGGCUGUCUGAGCUGGCCCAGACCUCGCUGUGUGACCCAGGGUAUGUUUGCCUGGAAGGAAACUCUGCUCCCUGCCCUUCUGAUGGGAUCCAUGGGUACAGAUGUCCCAGAGGCUUCUACUGCCCCGCGGGCACCGGGCUGGAGCUGCCGUGUGAGCCUGGCACCUUCAGCCCCGUGCCCGGGGCAGGGACCUGCCUGCCCUGCCCGCCUGGAAUGGCCUGUGCAAGUGCUGCCACUGUGGAGCCCCUCACCUGCCCCAGAGGUUACUACUGCCCAGCUGGAACUGCUGCCCCACUGCCAUGUCCCGAGGGGACACUGAACACCUUGGAGGGGGCACUGGCCCCCACUGCCUGCAGGCUGUGCCCAGUGGGGAGGUACUGCAGGGGAGAGGCCAACUGGGAACCCGAUGGUCUGUGCUCAGCUGGGUACUACUGUGCAGGAGGAGCCACUGAUGCCACUCCACGUGGGACACCUGCCUUCCCUCUCAGUGGGCCCUGCCCACCCGGGCACUACUGCCCAGAGGGAACCCAUUUCCCCGUUGCCUGCCCAGCUGGGACCCUGAACAAUGCCACGGGUGGUGCCUCCCCCCAGAGCUGUGUGCCCUGCUACCCCGGCUCCUUCUGUGCUGCUGCUGGGCUGAGUUCUCCAACAGGACCUUGUUCUGAGGGCUUUUACUGCCCAGCAAACUCCAGCUCUGUCAGCCCCACAGCGUUGCUCUGCCCCAAGGGUCACUUCUGCCUGUCAGGGACAGCCCAGCCAACACCAUGCCCUGCUGGAGAGUACCAGCCAGCCACAGGCUCUGCAUCCUGCAUCCCCUGCCAGAGAGGGUUCUACUGCCAGGACCUGGUGACAGGAGACCCCAAGCGCUGCCCACCUCAUUCGUACUGUCCCACAGGCACACGAGUUCCUCUCACGUGUCCUGAGGGCACCUUCACUCCUGGAAACAUGACUGGCCUCUGGAAUGAGAAGGAAUGUCUGCCUUGCUUACCUGGUCACUACUGCAGGCACGGGCAGCUGGAGGGGAAAUGUGCUGCUGGAUACUUCUGCCUGGCUGGGAGCUCCCAGGCUGCUCCCCAGGGCCACAGCUUCUCCUGGCGCUUCCUGGCCGGGUGUCGCUGGGGCCAAGUGUGUGCAGGGCUGUGUCCUGCAGGUUUCUACUGCCUGGAGGGAUCUGAGGUGCCCAUACCAUGUCCUGCCAACACCCUUAGAGAUCUUCCAGGGGCUGUGAGGAGGGAGGAUUGCCUGCCCUGUCCACCGGGACGCUGGUGCAAAGCAGGGGACUCAGAGGCCCACCCGUGCCCAUCAGGACACUACUGUCCUGGGGGCAAUGGCAGUGAGCAGGGCAGCCCCCUGGCACCCCAGCAGUGCCCUCCCCAGACGUUCCGUGGGCAGCCGGGGGCUCGGAGCCUGUCUGACUGCCAGCCCUGCCCUCCAGGGUACCACUGCCCCCUGCCAGGUCUGGCAAGGUUUGAGGAUUAUCCAUGCCCCCCUGGGUACUGGUGCCCUGGUAAAGGGGACACUUUCCUUUGUCCAGCUGGCACUGCCAGGACCCAGCCUGGUGCAAAGUCACUGGAAGAGUGUGAUCCCUGCUCACCUGGAUAUUAUUGCCCAGACCCAGCACAGACAGGGCUGCCCAACACCCAAGGAGUACCUUGCAAACCUGGCUACGAAUGCCCAGCAGGUUCAGUAAAUCCCAAGCCUUGCAGGCCUGGCCUGUACUGUGGUGCUCUCACAGGUGAGCCCUCUGUCUGUCCUGCUGGGUACCACUGCCCUGAAGGAUCCUCCACAUACAACAACCCUGAGCAACUGUGUGUGUUUCCAUACUACUGCCCCCCUGGCAGUGCCCACCCAGUGCCAUGUGAAGGAGGGUCCAUGGCCCUGCCCCUGCCUGGUCUGAGGGACUCCUUGGAGAAGUUCUGCAGGGUCUGUGCUGCAGGGACCUACCGCAGUGCCCCCCUGCUCACAGCCCCCUGCCAGCCCUGCCCCGCUGGCUUCCUCUGCCCACCAGGCAGUGAGAGCUACCACCAGCAACCUUGUCCCCGUGGCCACUACUGCCCUUCCCUGGCACCUGCCCCCCUGCCCUGUCCCCCGGGGACCCACGGGAGCAGCCACUUUGGGAAGCACAGAGGGGAUUGCCAACCCUGUCCUGCUGGCACCUUCAACCACCUCCCUGCCCAGGCUGCCUGUUUCCCCUGUGGCAGCUCCUCUUCCUCUCAGCCUGGUGCUACCAGCUGUACCUGCCAUGGGCUGAACAGGGCUUUCCAGCAGUCAGAUGCCUCCUGUAUCUGCCAGGCAGGUUAUGUUUACUAUGAUGAGAGAGGCAGGAAAGACCCCGACAGCAACAGCGACCAGGACUGUCGACCUCAGGUGGACGAGCUCUGUGCCCCCGGGCAGGUCCGUCUGGCAGCCACGCGACGCUGCGUCGUCCCCGCGCGCCACGACUGCUCCCCUGCCUGUGGGAGGGAGGGGGGAGAGAUCCACGCAGAGCUGGGCAUAUGUCAGUGCAAGCAGUACAUCUCUGCUGAGGAGCUCUGUGACCAGCUGUGCCUGCUGAGAGCCCCACGCAUCUCCCUGGCAUUUGGCACCCACAGGGAGCUGCUCCUGAGGAUGGGUGAAGGAGAAGUGAGGGAAGUGGCAAAUGUCCUGGGCCCAGAUGAGCACGUGCAGAACAGCCAGAGGGUACAUUUGGUCCUGUUCAGCCCCAGUGGAGUGCUGGGUUUCAUUGUCUCCAGCACAGAUGUUCUGGAUGCAUUUCUCAUGGGAGAUUUCCCAUCAAAUCAGCUGCUGCAGAAAGGUCAUCGAUUCCAGAGGACUUCCUCCAAAGAUCCCCAGGCCUUGCCCCUGGUUCCCAACCCUGUGGUGUGUUUGGAAGCAGGAGACACGAUCCUUUUCCAGCUCAGCAUCGAUUCCCAGGAUCGUGCAUCCAGCCAUUACCCUGUUUAUCAGAAGCAGCAUCUCUAUAACAGCAACCCCAGCUGGGAUUUUGGACCCUUCCGAAGGCUAAACCACCUCAUCCAGGAGACUCACCUCAACCUCUCCUGGUUUGCCCAUGUUUUCCUGGAGUCUGGCACAUAUGUUUUCAGGGAUAACACUGUCCAGGAGCACUUCCUGAUUGUGACUGUGAAUGAAGCCAACGUGAGCUGUGACCCCAGAGCUGUGCCCUUCCAGCCCUCCUCUCUGUUCCAGCUGGCCAGACAUGGGGUUUUGAAGCAACAGGAUCUGAACUUGGCUCCCAACUGGGCUGCUAUCACAGCCCUCCUCUUUGUUCUGGGCUCCCUCACCGUGGUGCUGACAACCCUGGCCAUAGUGUUCCAGCCUGCUGGCCCUGCCAGCAGCCCCCUGAAGGGCUGGAAGCCACGCUGGAGGAGCCUGGGUGAGCCACACAUCCCACCAGAAUAUAUCCUCCUUAAGGACAGCCUUCAGUUUUAUCAGAUGCUUGGUCCUCGAGGCUCUGGAGGAGAUGCUGCUUCUGGGGAGAAAGGAACAGCCCCCAAUGCAGGAGAGCCCUUGGCACGGAGGGUCCUGGAGGAUUUCAGCGCCCGCACCCUCUAUGACAAGCUGGAGGAUCAGAACCUGCACGUGGCAGCUCAGCUGGCAAAGCACAGGAUGGACGUGCUGGGGUUUUACAACGGGAUCAGCCACAGGAUUCAAAGCCUUGUGGACAUGGUGCAAGCGCUGGACCCUGAUGCCCUGAAAAUCUUUGCCAGGCAAAGGAUUUGUGGGCACAAACCUGCAGACAACAGCAGGGCAGCAGAGGGUGAUGAACAGGGUGAUGAACACUGUGGGAACACCUUCCAGCCAGGUUCAUCAGGUGCUCCAUGGCAGGAGGUGAGAGAGUUAAUGAAAGCUCUGGAAGUGCUGCUUGGGAAUGCUCCGUGCAGGAAUGGAGCUGUGAAGGGAGAGCUGGAGCACAAGGUCCAAGCACAGGAUGCAGUGCAGGUUGUGCCCUCCCUGGGCAGCCUGGCCAGUGGCAGGAAAUCAGGAGUGCAAGGCCAGGAUCACGAGCUGCCUCAGCAGUGGGAGCUCUUCAGCAGGAAGGAUGCUUUUUUCAGCUUCCCUGGGCAUGCAGAGCAUGGUUUAGAUCUCCAGUUGCCUUACCUGACUGAGUUGGAGGUAGAGGGCCUGGUAGCAGCUUCCCCCCUUGCCAAGACCCUGUGUGAGAUCAAGCAAGCCUUGGUGAACCUACAGGAACCUUCAGACCCUGAUAAUCCAGACAGCGACCAUCAAACCAGCGUGGGGAGCUCAGCCCUGCUCUGAGCUGCUGGGGCUGCAAACAGGGCUGGAGCUCUGCUGCUGGCAUGGAGAGGAGCUGCCCUGCUCACAGGAUUGAAGGCACAGAAGCAGAAGCAUUUCAUCUCCUGCACAGUAGAAUAGCCACCAGCUCACUUCCUUGAGGAACCUUAGCCCUGGCAAUGGCUGAAGGUGGACUGUGGGGCAGUGUGUGUGUGUCUGAGGACAGAGCUGCUUUACCUGAAAGAUCAGAAUGGAUUCGUAUCUAAUUAAGGAUGUAUUUAGCGAAAUACAUAAUGGGUAAUCCAUAUUCUGUUUGCUUAACCUUGAAAUGCUUUCACACUGCUCUUGGAUUAUCAAUAAUUUGUGGUCUGGAGAAGGAAGCUGAGCCUUCUUGAUGUCACUGAUUUUAGAGUUCUCACUGUUAAGUCAGUGAAGCAGAAAACAUAAGACCACAGGUGGCAUAACCCCCCCAGUUUAUCAGUUUAUUCUGUACAGCUUUUGUGAUCUCUGAUAUGAAGGAUGUUUGUGACUUUUUCAAGUAUUGUAGAGCCACACUUUUAAGCCUUGCCCAUCCAUGUUUUCAGUACACUCAUGCUAAUCUCAGUAAGUUCUACUGGCAGACACCCUCAGGGUCUCUACAGAUGUGAUUUUUCUGAGCAAAGAAGCCAAUUAAAUUAUUCCUGUAGUGGUGACUGCAGGGAUCUGUGCAGCUGCUGGACUCCAGUGCUGGGAGCCUGAAAUUAAACUGCAAACAUCCUUCCUCCCGUUCUGCUUCUGCUGACCUGUCUGUGUGAGAGCAGGAGAGCCUGGCUGUGAGGGGGGCACUGUUUCUGUGCAACAGGAGCAGCAUCACCUGCUCCAUCCUCACAAUAUUCCUCAGCUCUGGGUGAAGUGCAGCAACACAAGGUUUGCUGACUGUGAGCCAGCCCAGCCCCUUGGCAACCCCCCCAGGUGGGAUUGAGCUCCCAGAGCAAAGCCUGCUCUCCUCUCACUGCAAUAUUUACUGACUUGCUUGUGUGUGGAGAGGUUUGUGAGCCUGCUCCUUCCUGGUUCCUCGACACAGACCUGUGUUUGCUCCUUCUGCCUUUGCAUAACCAGGGGGGGUGUGAAGAGAGGGACACUUGGUUGCCCAGGAGGCCAGACAGAAGCUCUCAGGUUUGCUUCCACUGGCAGGUGUGUCUGGUGGACCCAGAGGAGCUGCAGGGGGGGUUUUUUUUUGGCCCUCAUCGACUCAUUUUGCUGGUUCCACGUUUUCUGAGCUCUCUCCCACACACAAAAGGUUUGUUUCAGUUCCUUUGCAGCUUCACCUUGGGAGAAUUUAGGUACUUUACUGACACUUGGGAGGGACUUCCAGAAAAUACAAACACUGCAGAGCACCUGUACGUCACUGUGGUUGCCUGUUGUGGAAUGUAGUAGUGAAAAAAAACCCCUGUUGUUGCUCUCUUCACUGCUUUCUAUUUUAGGUUAUCAGCAGAUAUGCUUAUAACAGUCCUACAUGGAGGUAAGAGCCUGCAGUGCUUGCUGUCUCUGAUAUCCACAGGGAAACGUGGUACCCAGCAGGUGAUAAAGUUAUCUCUGGGAUUUGGGGUUGUAUUUGUAAAAGGCAGAGUGGAAGGCAGUAGUAAAUACAAUUUGUCACAUUUUUAUUGCAGCAGUUUCUCAAUGAAAAUGUUUUGUUUUAAAUAAAAAAGAAAAAAAAGACAUGAUGUGGAAUUCUGCUCAAUGUUUUCUUUA